AUGGUUGUCAAUGGCAGCAAGAAGAGAAAGAUAACUCACCCCUCCUCCUCAGACGAUGGACCACACGCUCCCGUAACUUCGAAACGGGCCCAGAAGGACUUCUUCAAAAAUGCAUCCAACUGGAAUCUCGAGCAAGACUACGAGUCUCGACCACGGAAAGGCAAGAAAAAUGAGAGAGAAAAUUCAAGACUCCCCAUCAAGUCACAAGACGGUCGAUUAGAACUUCUCAAGGACCUAGAUCCAGACGAUGAUGCGGCCUCCAUCAAGAGUGAUGCCGAAUGGCUCGAGGGUCGCGAUGAUGAAAUUGAGUCGGGGAGCGAAGAAGCAGUGGAGUCGGAGGAAGCAGCAGAAGUCCCAGAGGCCCAGAAAAUCCUGGAAGCACAAGAGGAAUUAGCCAAGGCAGCCAUGGCGCUCAAUGAAAACCCCGAAGAAAACAUCGCCGACUUGAAAACGCUCGCCAACAUCAGCCAGUCCAAAAUCCCCGUGAUUCGCAUGCUGGCGCUCAUGACGCAGAUGACGGUAUACAAGGACAUCAUCCCAGGAUACAGGAUACGGCCCCAAUCCGAAGAGGCACGCAAAGAGAAGCUGUCAAAAGAGGUCCGCAACACACGGCAGUUCGAGCAGUCCCUCGUGGCAGGCUACCAGGCGUACGUCAAAGAACUCGCCCACUGCGCCAGAUCAGAAACAACCCCGGUCCGUGGCGGACAGAGCCUCUCCAGCGUCGCCGUCACAUGUGCAUGUUCCCUCAUCACGUCCGUACCGCAUUUCAACUUCCGCUCCGACAUCCUCGCCAUUCUCGUCGGCAAACUCGGCCGAAGAAAAAUCGACCAGGACACCGCCAAGGUACUCCAAUCCCUGGAAACUCUGUUCCGCGAUGACGAAGAAGGCCGCGCCUCCUUCGAUGCCGUAUCUCUCAUCGCAAAAAUGAUAAGGGCCAAAGAAUUCGCCGUCCACGAAAGCGUACUCAACCUAUUCCUCCAUCUGCGUCUGCUCUCCGAGUUUUCCGGCAAGGCGUCCCAAGACACCGCGGAGCAACAGCGAACAUCAAAGUCCAAAAAGAAGCGCGAAUUCCGCACAAAGAGGCUACGGAAGGCGAUGAAGGAGCAAAAGUCCCUGGACAAGGACAUGUCCUUGGCCGACGCGCUCGUCAGCCACGAGGAACGAGAGCGAAUGCAAUCCGAAACACUGAAGCUCGUCUUCGCCACAUACUUCCGCAUCCUGAAGCAGCGGUCGCCGCAUCUGAUGGGCGCGGUGCUCGAAGGCCUCGCCAAAUACUCGCACCUGAUAAACCAAGACUUCUUUGGCGAUUUGUUAGAGGCGCUCAAGGACCUUAUCCGCCACAGCGACGAGGACGCCGAGCAGGGUCCCGCGGACAAGGAAGCCGCCGAAGUGGAAGAGGGUGAAGAUACGGUACGGAACCUGAGCCGCGAGGCCCUGCUGUGUACCGUCACCGCGUAUGCCCUGUUAGCAGGCCAGGAUGCCCAUAAUUCGCGAAACGACCUACAUCUUGACCUGUCAUUUUUUACGACACACUUGUUCCGCUCUUUGCUUCCUCUGUCGGUACAACCCUGUCUCGAAAAUGCCCGUCUGUCGGCAUCCUCUGCCGCGUCCAAGAUCAACGUCCAAACCACCACGGUGCUGCUUCUCCGCUCCCUGACGGGCAUUCUUCUCCCUAAUUACAACAUUCGUCAAGUUCCCCCUUUGCGCCUUGCCGCGUUUACAAAGCAGCUUAUGACCGCCGCACUGCAACUUCCAGAGAAAUCGUCGCAGGCAAUCCUCGCCUUGCUCAACGACGUCGCGCACACACAUGGCAAGAAAAUUAACAGCUUGUGGAAUACUGAGGAGCGCAAGGGUAAUGGUCAAUAUAAUGCGUUGAGUGAUUCGGUAGAGGGAAGCAACCCUUUUGCAACCACUGUGUGGGAAGGGGAGUUACUAAGAAAGCAUUUUUCGCCAAAGGUUAGAGAAGGCGUCAAGGUGUUGGAAAAUGGCAUGUCAAGAUGA